GGUGGUGGUGGUGGUAUUGGUGAUGCAUUGCAGAUGUAGACGAGCAAAUUGUCAUGCAAUUGCUCUACCCCGGUUGUGACCCGAUGCGACACCCAAACCAACCAACCCCAAAACAACGGCAGCAUCCCGUACCUGCCGUACCGUGUCUAGCGUGCCCUUGGACAGUGGCUCUCCCUUUCUUUUUCAAUCUCAUGCCAUCCGUUCGUACGUGUUGGGGUGUGUUUUUGUUUCCGGUCCGGAUGGAGUGCCCCCCCAAAAAACACACCUCAUGCUAACCUUUCCAGAGGAAAUCAGAUUUGCGUGUUUGGUGUACGGGUGGGUUUUUAAGGUUUACCAUUUCCAUCGGUAUAGCGUUGAGGAUUUAAUUUGACCGUUGUCAAUGGAGACGCCUGGUACUUGACGCAUAGCAAUGAGCGAAGCAUGCUCUGGAUGAAAAGCUUUUUGAAUUAAACCCUUAUUUACGACUGUUUGGAAAAAGGAAGGAAUAAUUUCUCUGGCGACACACGCACACGUAAACUGGCGCUCUACAAAUCUCGUACAACAACUAGCCCACGAGCCAUUGGAAGAAACCAUAAGGCGAAGCGCAUUAGCCACACGCGUUUUACGCUCGCCACGUGUAUCCAACACGACCGACUACCGGCUACUUGUGCAAUAAUGCUAAGCUUUGUUUAUGCUGUUUUGCACUCCACCAACGGAGAAAGCCUGUGCCGAGGUUGACGCUUUUUCGUCAAAUGUCCCCGGAAAUGAUUGAGGUCGUCACAGAACACGUUGCAGUGCCGUGCGUCUUUAAUGGGGAGACCAUUCCACCGCAUGGUGGUGGUCUGGGUUUACGUUUGUCCCUUCCCCAGUCACGGCCAGAGUGGCAGGCUGCUUGGCCAUAACAUUCAGGCGGUCUACGCGUGUUUACGGUUUAGUGCGCGACAGCUCCAUGGCAAUGACUUUUGUUUUGCCAUGUGUCGGCAUCGUUCGUGUGCUGUGCCGAUUCUUGUCAAUUAGUGGAAGCAGACUAGCGGACUAGGAAUCGACGGAACUGUUGUUCCCCCCCCCCUCCCCUCCCCCCGCAAAAGCUUAGCGACUCAAGAGAGUGGCCAGCCAACAUUCGCUCCAAGGCUCUCGCUCUCUCUCUCUCUCUCGCUCUUGGCGCGUCAUUCGGGGGUGUCCUUUCGGCACGCCACGAAACUCUCGCAAAGUAGUUCGGCGCGCCGGAUCAUAGUGCAUGUUUGUCAGCGUUUUCCGGCACACGACAGUUCGUUCAUGUCGCCGGUGGUGAAACGUCGUCCCGACGGUUUCUCAGCUACCAACUAAUAGACGGACACACCGAGAAGGAAUAGGAGGCCUUUCGUUUUUCGGCGAGCAACGCUUUGACUAUUUUCUUCGACUAUUCUUUUGAAUUUGCGCGUCUGUGGUAGUUGCUUUAUGGAUGUGUGUGUGUGUUUGUGUGUGUUGCGUAUUAUUUCCACUAGCAUUUCGGUAGCCUUUAGUGACGGAGAACGCUCGCAUUACUAACGGUCGUGUGGAGAAGUUUGGUGGCGGUCGGGAAAGAAAUCAAAUUCUUUCGCGCGGAAAACGCCACUUUACUACCGCCCGUCUUCCGUCUCAUUAACGCGUUGUUUGGUGCGCCAGUGGUGUGGUGAAGAGUUUGUGCUUUAUUUGUGUUCAAACCGAUCGAAAUCGAUACCACACGAAACGGUGUGUGCGGUGCGAGCUUACACUGAAGUAAAACUAUUAAACGGUGAUGACGGGAAGUGACGAGUAUUGACGAAAGCAAUAAGUUUUAUCGCUUAUUAACGAUCAAGAAGAAGGACUAAGUUAACAUACGAGAUCGUUUAAAAGCGUGUGCCUUUUCGCGGGGGUUGAUAGUGACAAACCGGCCAAGUUCGCCAAGCUGUACCUAACCGCCCAUCGUUUGAAUCCAACUGCAAUGAGAACUGGUGCGAGUGUUACUAGUAAUUUGAGUAUAUCGCGUUACUGGAACGCAUCAUCAGCCUUAGCUACGCCACCAUUGGAUUGGGAGUUGAGGCUAACGACGAACCAACGAUCAUCAGCAAAGAGCACGGCAGAGUCAAGAAGUCUGGGCGGACGGGAAGCAACAACUAGAUUUGGCUGUCACGAACACCUUAAGUGCCAAAGCAGCAGCAGCAGCAGGUUCACCCAAACCUAAACGGUAUAGAAACAAAGGAUUGUUUACUGUUUGGGUAGACUAAGACACAGACUCUCCCCCUCCACCCACCCAAAGAAAAAAAAACCUCGCAGUCAACCGUCGUCGCAACUCAUCGGAAAGUGUGUCAUGCGCUAGCCAAGUACAACCAAAGGCUACAGGGAAAACAGCUCUUUUUGAAACACCAACACACGCUUUGAACGGAAAGUUCCCGAAGUGACGGCAGCAACCGAAGCGCCGGCAAGAUGGUCGUUGUCGCGGGUUAUAAAAUCAAGCUUCCACACUACCAUCAGCUUAUCCCGUACAAAAAGGGACGUGGCCUGACGGGGUUGAAAAAUCUAGGUAAUACAUGCUACAUGAACAGCAUACUGCAGUGCCUCAGCAAUACGUACUUUCUCAACGAAUUCUUCCACGAUCCGUCGUUUAAGAUGCACCUCAAUCGCAACAACAAAACGCAAGGCAAAAUCGGCGAAGAGGUAGCCGCCGUCAUCAAGGCGCUCUGGACGGGGCAGUACAAGUGCAUAGCGAGCAAAAAUUUGCGGUACGUCGUCGGGCAGUACGAGCGACAGUUCGGUGGCAUCGAGCAGCAAGAUUCGCACGAGUUUCUCACUAUUCUGAUGGAUUGGUUACACUCCGAUCUGCAGACGAAACAGAUGCAGAUAUCAACCAGCCUCGACCAGAUGCCCCCGUCCGAGAAGGCGUGGAUAGAGCAUUUCAAGGGCAAGGGCAGCUACAUAUCGGAGCUGUUCUACGGUCAGAUUAAGAGCACUGUCAAGUGCACUCGAUGCCACAAGGAGAGUGCCACCUACGAGUCGUUCUCGAACCUCAGCCUGGAGCUGCCACAAGAUUCAAACAUCUGUUACUUGGAGAACUGCCUCGAUAUGUACUUUAACGGCGAGGAGGUGCGCGGAUGGCACUGUCCAAAGUGCAAAAGCAAUCAGGAUGCGAUCAAAAAGCUAGACAUCUCCCGGUUACCGUCGAUACUGGUGGUACACUUCAAGCGCUUCUACGCCGACCCGGACACGAUGGCGACGGUGUACCGGAAGAAGCAAACGCUCGUCAAGUUUCCGCUGAGCGAGCUGAACAUGACCCGGUACCUGGCCCGUACCGAGGUGAACCGUAACAAGCGGCUAACGACGUUCCGCUACCAUCUGUACGGUGUGUCGAACCAUUACGGCUCGAUGGAGAGCGGUCACUAUACGGCAUUCUGUUUGAAUAAUAUUCAUCAAAAAUGGUUCAAAUUUGACGACUACAACGUGUCGAGCAUCGACGCUUCGGAUGUGCAGGCCAGUGCGGCGUACAUCCUUUUCUACUCCUGCUUACCCGACCGGCCACAGUCUGAUGUGCGAUAAAGGGGGGAGGGAAGGCGAGCGAUACGUCUUCAGACGUGGCGUAGAAACAAAAGCACACAGCACGAAGCUUACUCUUGUGUGCGUGCGUGUGUGUCGUAUCGCUGGCGAGGGCCAGUACGAUCAACGAAAGCUAAGACUUGAGACUUGUUCAAACCGAUGUUAACGUUAAUGUUUACUGUUCAGUGAGGAAGAGAGCGAGUAAGGCCGAUAGUAACGUACGAAAAACGGGGCAAAAUGGGCGGCUACCACACUACCACUUCGAAGGAUUAUGUAAAUUAAUGUAACCGAACCGGGCAAGGGUAUAUAUGAGUUGAGCGAUGGUGAGGUAAGCUUACUUUACUGUGCAUCUUAAUAUAUAUUGCUAACACCUAUUACUAUUACUACUGUGAUUGCCAAUCAAAAACAGAAAUAAGCGAGCGAGAGAGAGAGGAGAGAGAGGAGAGAGAUAGGAACAAACGGGAAAACUGGGGACAGGGGUGAACCUCGUGACUGCGACAGAGAACUAGGAAGGGAUGUCGGAAUGAAGGUUUAAUAUAAAAGCAAAGCUAAGAAUGUUUUUUUUUUUUGUUUGGAUAAUUUGACUGUGGUGAGGUGCAAGUCGUAAAAAGAACAGGGAAGAAAAUGUUCGCCGUUCCCGUUGCCUGUAUCUUCGUGGAGAUAUAUCGCAAGUAAAGGGGAACAGUGGUUUAUAUAUGAAACAAGAACAUGUUUAGAAGCUAUGAGCAUAUUUUUGCAAGCAAAUAUAUGAAAUGGUCCGCGCGGAUGGACAUCAUUCUA